AUGGUCUGUCAGGUGGAGCACUGCUCGUGGGAGGUACAUGUGGAUGGGGCUUCCAGCGCAAAAGGCGUCGGAGUCAAGGUAGUCAUAAUCACCUCAGAGGGAAUUCUCUUGGAGCAUUCAUUCAGGUUGGGGUUUAAUGCCUCUAACAACGAGGUAGAGUAUGAAGCUUUGCUUGUCGGACUGAGGGCAAUUUCACGGUUAGAAGCUCAGGAUGUAGAGGUUUAUUCGGAUUCAAGGCUCAUAGUCAACCAGGUGCAGGGGAGCUUUGAGGCUCGAGAUCCUUGGAUGAAAGCAUACUUAAACUUAGUGAAGCAAGUCAUGGACGACUUUUGUAUGGUGAAGGUGAUUCAAGUGGCCCGAGCACAGAACAGACAUGCUGACUCUCUCACCACUCUGGCAUCGUCAAUUGCCAAGGAUAUUCCCCGGCUUAUCAGAGUGGAACUCAUCCCCGAGCCCAGGAUUAAGGUGGCAAGAAAUGAGGGGACCGCGAAAGUCAAAGUCACAACAGUCGCAACACUUGGAUCGAACUGGAUGGACCCCAUCAUAAAUUUCUUAGCCGAUGACCGAAUUCCGGAUGAUGAGAAAGAGGCCAACAAGGUCCGCAGGGUGGCUGCCUGGUAUUGGUUGUCCGGGGACCGGAAACUCUAUCGUAGGUCACUCGGAGGGCCAUAUCUGUCAUGCUUACACCCAGAGAAAGUUGGCCAACUCCUGGCCGAGUUGCAUGAAGGGGUAUGCGGCAACUAUGUAGGGGACGUGGGCAAUCGAAGAUUCGUGUUGGUAGUCGUUGAUUACUUCACCAAAUGGGCAGAGGCAGAGGCUUUGGCCAAUAUCUGGGACGUAGAUGUGAAGAAAUUCGUAUGGAAGAAUAUAAUCACCAGGUUCGGGGUCUCGGACUCCCUUAUAUCGGAUAACGGGCUGCAAUUUGACAGCCGAGGUUUUCACGAAUUUUGCAGCAAUCUUGGCAUCAGGAACAAGUACUCUACUCCGGCAUAUCCCCAGGGCAAUGGCCAGGCUGAGGCCGUGAACAAGGUAAUCGUGAAGGGCUUGAAGCGAAGGCUGGAAGGAGCGAAGGGCAACUAG